GGGGCGGGGCUCAGGCUACGGGAGCGGGUUGGGGGGGGGAAGAAGAGGGAAUUCCAACCUGUGGAUACUUGGGGGUACCUGAGGCUGACUCCUUUCCAUUGGCUGUGGACGGUGCAAGGGACGGAGCCUCUGGUGGCUCGUGGAGGUGUUGGGGUCCUUAGGGCGAGGGAGGGGAGUGUCAGAGUGUGAGUGGAGAAGAAUUCCAAACUUAGAUCCUUGUGGCCCUCGGGUCUCAGGCACAGGGGAGAGGGAGCUCGGGCCGCCAUGCGGGACAGGACCCACGAAUUGAGGCAGGGAGAUGACAGCUCUGACGAUGAAGACAAGGAGCGGGUCGCGCUGGUGGUGCACCCGGGCACGGUCCGGCUGGGGAGUCCUGACGAUGAGUUCUUUCAGAAGGUCAAAACAAUUCGACAGACUAUUAUCCAGCUGGAAAAUAAAGUCCGAGAGUUGGAGAAGCAGCAGGUCACCAUCCUGGCCACACCCCUUCCCGAGGAAAGCAUGAAGCAGGACUUGCAGAACCUGAGGGAGGAGAUCAAACAGCUGGGGAGGGAAAUCCGCACACAACUGAAGGCCAUAGAGCCCCAAAAGGAAGAAGCUGAUGAGAAUUGUAACUCAGUCAACACAAGGAUGAGAAAAACCCAGCAUGGAGUCCUAUCUCAGCAAUUCGUGGAACUCAUUAACAAGUGCAACUCCAUGCAGUCUGACUACCGGGAAAAAAAUGUGGAGCGGAUUCGAAGGCAGCUGAAAAUCACCAAUGCUGGGAUGGUGUCUGAUGAGGAGCUGGAGCAGAUGCUUGAUAGUGGGCAGAGUGAGGUGUUCGUGUCCAAUAUACUGAAGGAUACACAGGUGACCCGGCAAGCCCUAAAUGAGAUUUCAACCCGGCACAGUGAGAUCCAGCAGCUUGAACGCAGUAUCCGUGAGCUUCAUGAGAUCUUCACUUUUCUGUCUAGUGAGGUGGAGAUGCAGGGGGAGAUGAUCAACCGGAUUGAGAAGAACAUCCUGAGCUCAGUGGACUAUGUAGAACGUGGGCACAAGCACGUCAAUAUGGCCUUGGAUAACCAGAGGAAGGCACGGAAGAAGAAAAUCCUGAUUCUCAUCUGCGUGUCCAUUACUGUCCUCAUCCUAUCUGUCCUCAUUGGCAUCAUCAUAGCAGUUGGAUAG